AUGUAUGUCCCUCUAAAUGUUUCCAAUGAUAUGUCUUAACCUAAUUUUUACUAGAUGAACGAUUACAAAUAAAUUUCAAAUUAACCAAGCUCUUUGCAUAUAAUAAAAUCUUUAACUGGAAUCUAAAUGUAAGAAUAAUACAAUUCCUCUACAUUUAAUUAAGGUAAAUAAAUAAAUAUAGGUUCUCAAAAUUCAAGGAUCCUCAAUCUAUAUGCAACAAACUUUUGUGGACAAUUGAUAUCACAAAUACCAUUAUUUUAAUGCGUAUCAAACCCUUAAAGUUCUACAAUAUCUAGGUAUAAUUUUAAUAAUAUUAAGUGGCUAAUUGAAAUCAUUAUUAUUAUUUGUAUAGAAAAUUGAAUAACCAAAUAGUUAAUAAAUGCCCAACUCUCUCAAUCAAAAUGGACUAUUUUUAAGAUUAGAGAGAAAGUGGUAAUUUAGUUUUUUGUGUUUUAAUAGGUAUAGAGAAUAUUAAUUACAUUUUUCAGACCUAGACUUAAUGUAUUUUAUGUAGAAAAGGGUUAAAACAAACUCUUAGGAUAUGUUGAAGUUCCAUAUACUUUUAUUACUAAGAGUUGUUAUAUUUUUGAUGGAAAUAAUAAUUUUAAAUAUAAAAUUACAAAAAGGUUGCUGGGGUAAUCAAAAACAUAUAGCCCAUUUCCUGAGAGUAAUAGAUAUGAUUUAGAUUAUUUUGAUACCAAAGACUCAUAGGAUCAAGUAAAUAUUUAAGAAUAUCAAUUUAGGUGAUUUCUUAGAUGAGAAAAUAACCAAAAAGUGAAUAUUAUUUCGAUUAAUAGGCCAAUUUUACUAUUGUAUUCCCUGAAAUUUCAUCAGCUGAGGGAAAAGUAUUAAUAUUAGCUGCCGCAUUAAUAUUUGAAUGCAUGUAUAUCUGA